AUGCCUGGAACAAUCGAGGAGGCAAUUGUCCAUGUAGCUUUUCAAUUUGCGGCCAAGGAAGGCGUACUACUCGGCUCACCAACAGCCCUCGUGGAAUAUCUGACCAGCGAGGGAAUACUUCCCCUUGAAAAAAUCGGAAAGUUCACCUACCAGCGGCUGUGCGAGUUCUGCGAUGAAUACCAACGCAUGGUCAGCGUCCACAAGGACGGCGCUGGGCCCUCUUCGAGCCCAGUUGCGAGGGCCAGGCCCAAUCGUGAUGCGCCUGAUGCGAUGAGCGUCGAGUCGUCUGACAGUGCCUACGAAAGCUACACUACAUCAUGGCUGGAGAAGACAGAGGACUGCGACCUUGUCAUUCGACUCUAUCUCCACCCCAACGAUCCCCAAGCUCGCGGGAAGCCGUUCAAUGGCAAGUUCCGCCGGGAGAAAGGAAGCUUGAUAACGUCCAGGGCGGCAGAGAGGUAUGGUGGCGAACGAGAAGGGCAGCGCAUGAGAGUACAUUUCAAGACUGUCGUGCCGUCGGGAGAAUACAUUUCAGGGACAACAUGGUGUACCAUUCGGGACCUCGACGAGGAAGAGCAGCCUGACAUAAUUCUUUGCAUCGAUUGCCUGCAUCAAUCCCAAGUGGGUGACAAUGAGGGCGAUAUCUUUGAGAAUAAACCGCACAUGCAGGAUCAGCCAGGUGUGAACAUAUCCAAACGGCGGAAGAGGAUCAUGGCAGAACUGGUAGUGGAAGUAUCAGGAGUCCUCGAACGAGAAGAGAAUGCCUCAAAAAGACCAAGGAUGGAACUCCCGCCGGAUGGUUAG